UGACAUUGGACAGCAGUCCACUUAGAUGCUGUUCUAUGUGUUUGAGCACAUUUUAAAGUAACUGGCAAAGUAAAUUGCAUUUGUUUUGUUGUGUUCAUUCAGUUUUUUUGCAGGUUCGCUUAAAGUUCACAUAAAGAUUUGUUUGUCAGACAUGAUUUUUCACAUCUACAAAGUGGAUUUUCUUUUCUUUUUUUUGUUUUUAAAGGAAAUCAUUGUUGCUUUUUUGGCUGUCAGAUGUUGUCUUACAUCAGGGUCAAAAUAAGUCGGCUCCAGCCCCAUUUGGCUCCGAGGCUGCCAGCUCUGUCAGCCCCUAUUACCCUGAUGAAACAACACUGGUGUUCUCUAAUAAUGUGGGCAUGUUCGGGCCAGCUCAGCUCUAUAUAAAACACCAGUGAUGCUGACUGGGCCAGAGUCAGUAUUGGGUGUCUCCUUGUUGUCAGUCUGAGCGAUAUAGACAUUACUGUGUGUUGUCAGGUAUGACAUUUGAGGCAGAAUCAAUCUCUGUUUUCCAACCUCGCUAGAUAUUUAAAACUGAAGUCCAAACUGAAUAUAUUACCUACUUUUUGUUUUUUUAUGUGUAUGCUUGCAAUUGUCCUGCAUCUUGCCCUUGAAAAUACCCUCCUGCUUUCCAGCUCCACUGUACCUUAUGCUCCAAGCGCACCAGUAUUUUUAUUUCCAGGCCAGAAUUAAAAGAAUAGUCACAAGAAGGCCUGAAUUAUUUAUCAACUUCCUUUUAUCCCAGGAUUAAAUUUCAGUGUGACAGGGAGAGAUAGCGUGUCGCCCUGCAGUAUCCUUGCAGCGUGAUUGGGUUUUAAUCUCAAAACAUAUUCUGCAACAUCAAUAGUGGUUCUGUAGCCCAGAGCUUAUUCUCUGCAGAUAAUUUUUACCUCUUCAUGAUUGAUGCUUUUUGUGUUUAAUGCUGCUGUAUGAUGUUUUUUUCCCCAGCUGUAAUAAAAGGUGAUAAUAAAAAAUAAAUAAACAAAUACGGCCUCUUUAGAGUCUGGGUACUCUGCUAUGUCCAAGGACACUUAAGCAGGUUGGAAGGCUGCCGUCAGAUGUUAAAUUUGUCCUUUGUUUUUCUUCAUUUUAUUUCUCGCUUCAUUUGAAUUUACUCUCUUGACUUCAACUUUUUUUUUUUUCCUCAUUUCAGGUGUUCCCACUGUGUGACCACUCUCCUGACUUAUCAUCCGGGUAUUCUGUUGAUGAUUGAGGGCACACAACGAUACUGAAGCUGCAGAGCCUGCUGCACCCGCCCCCUUUGUGCUCAACCCCUGCGCUAUGAGCAGAGGUAGAGGAGGGUCUUACAAAGAACACCCCCACCGGCAUAUACCCCCCAACUUGCAGGUCAAGGAGAAUUACUACAGACCUGGUGCAGCACAGCUCUUUCCGAGAGACGACCCAGACCAGAUACCGAAUCGACAUUAUUCCAACAGCCCUGGAUGUCCGUCCGUCCCCUUAGGGUCCCCGUCCCCUCUCCUCCCCUCCGCUCCCCCGAUACCAAACCAAUUUAACGUGUCUAAUUCUGGAGCUUUCAAUUGUUCUUAUAACCAGAAUCAGGGUUUUGGUCCGAUUCCGAACUCUUUCCAUUAUAAACAGGUGGAGUUUCUAAGAGGACACACCUCGGAGGCACCACAGUUUAGAGGUGGUGUUAGGGCAAUAGGCAGCAGGCCACCUAACUAUACACACCAGCCACAGCCUCACUAUAAUAGAUACUCAAACCCCAACAGCAGCCCCAGGAGUAGAGGAUAUUACAGAGAAUGCUAUAGGCAAGACCAGAGUUAUUCAUUCCCAUCUCCUUCAGGAUUGUCUCAGGGCUUUGCACGCCCUCAAUACCCGAAUGCAAACCAGUCACGAGGGGUUAACCACCAACUAUCAGACAGACAAACAAGCUUCCUGUGCGAUAAUUUUCAGAGACUGAAUCUCCAACAAGACAGGGGAUGCAGGAAAAGCUUUGAUGGGCGUUCUUCAUCAGGGAAGUAUUCUAAAGCUAAAAUAACACUAACGCCCGUCAUACAGGAGCAAGUGUACAAGGCUUUGACGGCAGAUGAGGCUGUAUCUGCAAGGGUUUUAGCCAAAAAACUACACCUGCCUAAGAAGGUGAUAAAUCAGGCUCUUUACUCCUUAGAACAGUCAAAGAAAGCGUCCAAGCAAGGACUUCAGCCUCCAGAGUGGACUUUGUAUCGAGAAAAUCCCCAGGCCGAGGAAACAACAUCAGCUCAACCACAGAAUCCCCCCUCCCUUUUGAGUUUCAGCUCGAUUCAGCUUCAAUCAGCAGAAGCUAAGGUUGACAUAGAAAAGGAGCAGGAGAUCGAAGAGGAGGACUCCGACGCCGAAUCCAGUUCCUCUUGCUCUUCUUUGGAGUUUUCUGCCUCUGAGGAUUCCCAGUCCUCAGCAAACGUUGGAUGCCAAGAGAGUCCCCGCGCUAGCUCAGCUGAUCUCAAGUUUAGCUCUGCAAUGAUGGCAGAUCAGAAAGAGAAAAUUUUGAAGUAUCUCCUCGAGUCGGGUGAAGCGACCGCUCUCGUCUUGGCAAAGAAUCUGGGCCUCAAGGGUGCCAAGCAGGUCAACCCCACCCUUUACGAUCUGGAGAAGCAAGGCGAAGUCGUUAAAACCGAAACCUCUCCUUACAAAUGGAAGCUGUCUCCCCAUCGCAGAGAGAGGAUGGAAAGGAGCCUGAAAGCCGCCUCCAUCCCUCAAGCUGGUCAGAUGGAGGUGGAUGUUAAAACAGAGCAGGAUGAUGGAGGACCUAUCCUAACUCCUUUGUCAGGCCUUGAACCAAUACCUAACAUGGAGAAUUGGACACCAGAGCAACCUCAAGGCAAAAUGAAAUCUUCCUUCAGCCCGUACGAAGACAACGCAAACAAUGAGUCACAGUGGGCGAACGAUAGCAUCCCAGAUUACCUCAACGCCAUCCGCAGACACACAGAUGCUAUUAAACUGGCAGCAGAAAAGGGUAACACUGUGGGAACCGUCGCUGUUUCUUUGGCGGCCCCUCCUUCCCAGAACCUUUGGGCCAAAUUGCAAGAGGUCCGCUUAAAAAAUCCCGUCAGUGGCCUUAUGGAGUAUGCCCAGUAUCUGGGUCAAAGCUGUGAGUUCCUUCUUCUGGACCAGAGUGGACCGUCUCAUGACCCAAGAUUUCGAAUGCAGGUGAUGCUCAAUGGACGGCUGUUUCCUAUUGCGGAGGCUUCGAAUAAAAAAGUGGCUAAAAAGGACGCAGCGGCGGCCACUCUGCGUAUCCUCAUCAAAGAGAUGCAGGGAGGCGAGAGUGCCGCAGACGAAGACAACACUGCCAGCAUGGACCGAGAACCUGACCAACUCCCAGACACCUCUGGAUCAGCUGAAAACACACAGGGGGGUUCGGGAUCCGGGGGAGCAGAAGGGGCGGAGGGGCCCCGCCAGCCGCUGUCCCGCUCCCUGCCCGGUGGGAAGAAUCCGGUCUCCGUCCUGAUGGAGUACAGCCAGCGCAGCGGGAAACCCAUCGAGUUCAUCGCCACGGGGCAAACAGGCCCACCACAUGACCCACGGUUCAAGUACAGGGUGAAGGUGGGGGAAAACUUGUUUGCAGAAUCAUCAGCUCCAAGUAAGAAGGCAGCUCGCCAACUGGCGGCAGAGGAGGCCGUCAAAGAGCUAAUGGCUGAUGGAAAACUGCAACUUAACAAGCCUCUGCUGCCUCUGGGUCCUUCUAGCGAUGGCGAGGAGGGCAGCUCCUCUGGGGCGGCGUGCCCUUCUCUGCCACCUCUAACUGCUGAUGAGCUGCGAGCGGCCCACGAGGCAGGUGUUGGGGAUCUCAUCAAUCACCUGAACAACAACGCAGUGUCGGGCCUGCUGGAGUACGCCAGAGCCCGAGGAUUUGCUGCUGAGAUCCGCUUGGUGGGCCAGUCUGGGCCGCCACACGAGCCAAAGUUCACCUACCAGGCCAAACUGGGCGGACGCUGGUUUCCUCCGGUUUGUGCUUCCAACAAGAAGCAGGGAAAGCAGGAGGCAGCAGAUGCCGCUCUGCGGGUUCUGAUUGGAGAAGCUGAGAGGGCAGCUCGCACGGGGGAGCUUAUCCCCAGCGAGCUACCAGUGAGCGGCAGCACAUUGCACGACCAGAUAGCGAUGCUGAGUCACCAGCGUUUCAACGCCCUGACCACGCGCAUUCAACACUGCCUUUUGGGACGCAAGAUUCUGGCCACCAUCGUCAUGAGAAGAGGGGAAGGCCUGGGGACCGUGGUCAGCCUCGGGACUGGAAAUCGUUGCGUCAAAGGGGAGGAGCUGAGCUUGAAAGGGGAGACCGUUAAUGAUUGUCAUGCGGAAAUAAUCUCCAGAAGAGGAUUUAUUCGGUUUCUGUACAAUGAGCUGCUCAAACACUAUGAUGGCACCGAUGACAGCAUUUUUGAACCGGCAGACGGGAACAAACUUCAGAUCAAGUCUGACAUCACCUUUCACCUUUAUAUCAGCACGGCACCUUGCGGCGAUGGCGCUUUGUUCGACAAGUCGUGUAGUGAGACGGGAGAUGAAGUGCCGGGCCACCAGCCUCUAUUUGAGAACGUCAAGCAGGGGAAGCUUCGAACCAAAGUGGAGAACGGUGAGGGAACCAUCCCGGUGGAGUCGAGUGACAUCGUACCCACUUGGGACGGCAUUCAGCACGGCGAACGGCUGCGAACCAUGAGCUGCAGCGACAAGAUCCUGCGCUGGAACGUGCUCGGCCUCCAGGGGGCACUGCUGACGCAUUUCCUUCAUCCCAUUUACCUGAAGUCCAUCACGCUUGGUUAUCUGUACAGCCACGGUCACUUGACUCGUGCCGUCUGCUGUCGCCUCGCCAGAGACGGCGAAGCCUUUGACCAGAGUCUGCCCCGCCCCUUCACGCUGAACCAUCCUGAGGUGGGAAGAGUGAGUGUGUACGACUCCACGCGUCACACCGGCAAGACCAAAGAGUCCAGCGUGAAUUGGAGCCUUCCAGACCAGUACAACGUGGAGGUGCUCGAUGGGACCAAAGGAACGCUAGAUGGGAACAAACAAGCGGUGUCCCGGGUAUCCAAGUCCAACCUGUUCUGUCUGUUCCGCUCGCUGUGCCAGAAGUCUAAUCGCGCUGACCUCCUCUCCCUGCCCUCCUACGCUCAGGCCAAAAUGUCGGCCACCUCCUUCCAACUCGCCAAACAACAGUUCUUUCAAGCGCUCAGCGUCCACGGCUACGGAGCCUGGAUCGGCAAGCCGCUGGAAGAGAAGAGCUUCGAGUCUCUGGAGGCAACGAGAAACAACGGCGCGUGCAGCUCCGUGGAGUUUGGAAGAAAUGAGGGGGCCGUGGAUUACAAGCCAGCAGAGGCGUAGAUUCGUACUUUUGUUUUACUUUUAUUUUUUUUGUACAACAGGAAGGAGAAAAGGUUUAAAGAGGUGUGCAUCAGAAAGAUUAAGGAAGUUAGAGAGCCAAAAGUUUUGAAAAAACCUACAAAUUAAUACAAAACAUUACAUGCAAAUAAAUUAUUGAAAAGUUGACAGGUUAAUUUUUUACUUGUAUUAUGUGCUUACAGCCAGUUUAGUUGUCUGUCAUGAGGAUGUGGCAUAUGCUAGCACCUGGUUGUUGCAUCACGUUUGCAGGUUCUUGAGUCAUAGCACACUCGGAACUGAUCCAGACCAGUUUCAUUUGAAACUUUUUGUUUUACAUUCUCCUGCAAGGUCUCCGUCUAGCAGAAGAACCCAUCGGUCUAGAACUUUUUCAUGCCGCGCUGCCAUUGGUGGAUCUGUUUUUCUAGCACUAAAGCAGAAGAAAUUCUUCCAAAUAACAGGCAGUACAGAAAUCCUUCAUGUCACACUGCUGCUGCCGUACAAUCAUCUACAUGUUGUUAUUGUGCUGCAUUUUGAUAAGCCCUAAAUAGCUGUAGUUUCUAAAAUAACCUUAAAAAUAGCCCAAUUUCUAUACAAUAUUUUUGUUCUUUUCCCAUUCAUUUUUAAUGUUUUUUUUUACUCAAAAUCCUAAAACUGCCCUUUCUGCAUGUUACCUGUUUUAAAGUCCUGGUAUGAAGCUGUCUGGAUGCAUGACUGCUUCCACAAAAAAAAAAAAAAAAUCAGAAUGGCCGCCUUGUUUUCUUAAAAUGAUGCAAUAUACACAUUAUGUGUACACAGCUACACAAAUGCACUGCUGUACAAUCCAAAGGCCUGAAUGUGUUUUGGAACCAUUCAGAAAAUGUCUAAUCAGAGGUUUCUCUGCACUGGAGCUGCAGGUUGGAUCGUGAUGUUCUACGCCUGCUGUUUGUGUAGACGACUUGUUUUGUCUUGAAAUCAAGGGAAUGCUACAAAUGCAAUGCCAAGUGGCACAGUGUCGCGUCAGACACGUUUGUGCUCGAUUUUGAUUUUUAAGUACACAUUCUGAUAUCUGAGUGCGAGGAAAACUGAAAAAUGGGAGUUUAUGUGACUUUUAUUAGGAUGAACUCCAACUUUUUUUUUUUUUGUUUAUACCGGCAUGUGACUUUGUCAGAGCAGCCGUUUUCUCCCCUCUUAAAUUCUGAUGUUUCUGUUUUAUUUUUCUGCCACCAGAUGUCUGUCUGUAACAGACGCUUAUUUCAGUAACAGCUGCCUUUCAAUUAUCUCAAGCCAAACAGUUUUCCCUUUCCAGCAUCUGCUGUCAGAAAAACUUAACAAAGAAUUCUGUUUAAAUUCCAUUUCUUGUCCUUGAAAACCUUAAAUCCUGCGAUUUAAAACGCAGACAGACGGCUAUUUUCAGUCACUUAAAUUCCUCUCAUUCUGAUGCUUCAGUCUGAGCUGGUCGUCUUUUCAGCGUUUGAUGCAUUCCCCUCUUUUAUUUCCUUUACCCAGAAAAUGAUCUGGACAGUUUUAAAAUAAGGAUUUUUUUGUUUGUUACUGUAGAACACAGAUCUGUGCAUCUAAGUUGUAGCUAAUGAACCAACAAUUUUGAAGAUUUUAUUAUUAAAAAAAAAACUACACAAUUCCCUUUUUAAUAAUUUUUUGAUUGAUUUUGAGUGUUUGUAUUUCAGUUUAAAGAAAUGUUUAAGUGUACAGAUUUCUGGUGGGCUCAGAUUUCUUGUCCCACUGUAUGCAAAUAUGUAUGUUUUCAGUUGUGUGUAUAUAUUCUGUAAAUCACCUUGAAUGGCUUUUCUAUGUUUUAAAUGAUGCUUUCAGCAGAUUCCAUGUGAGUUUACUGUUCUACGUUUUUUUUACAUCUUUAAUUAUCAGAGAAAUGGGAAUAAAAUACAGAGUCUGCUAAAUUUAUCAUUUGAAUUCCUCAAGGUGGGCUUGCAUCAACGUAGCAUCGCGGUGUCCAAAGACCGCUGGAUGCACUCUGGUUAUACUUUUUUCUUUAAGAAGAUUGGGAUUUUUUUUUUUCAUUGUGUUAUCCAUUCUCCAACAUGUUUCUGGUUGCAGUGCUCAGAAGGAUCAGCAGGUGGAAAUGUGUGCACAUCUAAACCCUUCAGGGGAGAAAGACUCCAUGAUGUCAGUCAGAUGUGAGUUUCUCUUCAUGAUGUUUGUCAGAUAAACAAAUUUCCUGUCAAUAUACCAGCACAUUGUAACGUCUGGAGGUCAUUUCAGGGUUUUUUUUUAUGUGUGAAAAUCUGUUUUAGUCGACUCAAACAUCUUCUGUUCUGCGUUUGAUCCAUCUGUACAUGAACCAACAUGGUUAAGCAGCUGAUGGGAGCGGGUAUAAAAACAUGGGAAUACUGAAAGGAGGAUGGCUGUGAUGCAUUUUAAUAAAACAUGUUCAAACUGUAAAGCUGCAAAUACAAUAAAUUGAAAAAACUAAUAAAAUGUUGUUUUUUUUAUUUAUAA